AUGGCGCUUACUCGGUCGCGUGCGUCGACUGCUACAGUGUCACAACUAGGACAUUCUUCUACUCACAUGAACUCCAUGUCUAUUCCUAUCCGGUUUCAGUGUCCAUUAUGUCUCGAUGUAUUGCGACGUCCUAUUCAGUUGCCAUGUUGUCAGCGUUAUUUGUGUAUGGAAUGUUUUGAACGGGGGUUAGAACUAACAAGUGUUAAUUGCGGCUUCUGCAGACGUCGUGUUGUGGGUUUUGCACGGACAAAACAAUAUAAAGUGGAUGAAGUGAUGUGGAAAGCUAUUAAGAUAAAAUGUCCAUUUCUAGAGCAUAUUGAAAAUGACAGGGAACCACUGGUUGAAUUCUUUGAUGAAGAUGCUCCACCACUGCAUACUAGUAAUCAUAACAGUGUCGAGCAGGAGCACUUGAUGUCAAAUAGCACUGAGAACAAGUCACCCUCUGGAGAGUUUCAAGCUUUUUAUCACUGUCAAUUACAAAAACAUCAGUCACAAGUACAAGAAGCAGAGCGACGUGCUUUACGACAGACAAUUGAUUUCUUACAGAAUGAUCCAGAGCUCACGGCUUCGUUGACGGCUUCAUCGUUUCCAACAUCAUCGACUCCAUCUUCGAUUCUAUCGUCAAGACCUAUUGUAGCAAGUCAGGGAGCCAAGAAAAAGAUGAAAAUGUCUACUACAUCGACUACAAGCCAUCGACCGAUUACUCGAUCAUUGAAUGUUAUUGAUGACAAGCAGGCAAAAUUGGAUGGUUGUUUUGGAUCGUCACGUACAACUUUGAGUCAGUCAGAAACGUCAGGACAGAGCACACGUUGCGCUUAUUCGACUAGUGACGGACUUUCAUCGCCUCGUACUCGCACGGGUUUGAAAAUAAAUGAACCGAAUCGAAAGUAUUAUCUUCGAAGUACGUCACACAGCCCAACUUCGACGAAAGACCGACGGAGAAAACAUAUAAAAGGAUGUAAGCCACUUCGUCAGCUUACACUGGAUACAACGAUCUCUCCAAUUGCAUUGCACACCCGUAGUCAAGAUCUGAAGCGUGCUAGCUCCGUUGGCUCGGAGCCAGAACCCUCAAAGAUGCUUACACGUCAGGGCCGACGGCGAAAUUCCUGGAAAUGCACGGAAUGUACAUACACGAAUACAUGCUUUGAUCAUCGAUGCAGCAUGUGCCGUUGUCUGCCUCCUUUAGGGACCUAG